UUGACUAUGGAGAUGUGCGCGCGCUGAAAGACAUAUAUGAAUAAAUAAUAACGAUUUCUGUAUCAGUCCUGAAUUUCUAACAUAACUAUCGCGAACAUGUCCGACCUAAAUAAGACGAAUGGAAAGUCUUUUUCGGUCGAUUCAUCCGUGAGCUGUUCACGCUUGCUGCAAAUUCAGGCUCUCCUCAAGGCUGAUGGUGAAAUAGGUCCAGAUGGCAUCCUCUGCUCACUGGGUAUCGACAGCCGUUAUAACGAGGGCUGUAGUGAGUUGGCCAGCUACCUUUUCUUUGGUCUCUAUCAACACAACCAGAAGCAGUUCUGUGAGGAUUUUCCUGAGGAGGUGCUGGAUGAUGUUAUUGUUCUCAUAAAGUCAGAAAGUGUGCAGCUCUAUUGUAACCCUGUGAAUUAUAGCUACUUGCUUCCUUACAUUUCCCACUGGAGGAAUCUGCAUCUGCACUGCAUGACUGAGGCGGAGUAUGAGGAUGAGGAAGCAGCAGAAGAAUAUAAAAUCUCCAGUUUUGUGUCUAUGGUUGAAGACUGCAGUUGCAUUGGAAUACCCUACAGCUCUAAAAGUCAUGUGCAGAAGUUUGAUAUGUUUAUGUUAGAGAAGUGGCCAAUAAUUCAAGCAUUUGCUCUGGAAGGAAUAGGAGCUGGUGGAUUUUUCACCAUGAAAUACAAGCUGAGUGAUGUGAGUGAGAGUCUUUGGGAGAUUUAUGCAAGACUAGACUCAGUAUCUUUAGACCAUCUUAUCAGUGAGGAUUUGCAUUUGUUUGAAAAGCAGUGGAGCUUCUUGUUUUCUAGUGUGAACACAGAGAGUCCACUGUCCAUACAGGAGAUGUCAGAGGCUCAGACUGCAGAGCUGUUUAGAACGUAUUACUCCCAUGGUCUUAUUUCAAGCAAUAUUACAGAUAAAAGUAAAAGUAGACAACCAUAUGUGCUAUUUGGGAGUCACUCCUCCAGAGAUGACCUGGAAAACUAUUGCUUCACCUUUCCCUCUGAGGUCCACCAGGUUCGCAACACUGGACCUUGUGGGGGUGCUGCGAAACACAUGCUACUUCAGUGUGUGGCUCCUAAAGGCCCACUCACCUGUGCAAGAACAUAUUUCUUGGGCAGUACUCACAUCCCAUACCUGGGGAAUGAUAAUAUCACAGUGCAGAAAUCAUCGGAAGUCAUGCUGCUUACACAGAUCUACAAAGCAGCUGUUCAGUCGGUGCUGGCAGGAAUAAAAUGCUUCUCCAUCAACUUCAGCACUAGCAAGGCAAAGGAUGUAGCAGAACAAACAUUUCAUCUGGCUUUGGAAACCUUUGGGAUGCUUCAGUACAGGAGUGCUCUCAGGUCUAAAACUAUAUUCAGCAUCGAAGCUGUAAACAAUUCCGGCAGAGUUAUACCCCUCAGUGAUGAGCACAGUCGCUUUCUGGUCAAAACUGCCUCCAUGGUAGUGUAUGAUAUUCCAGAUCUCCAGCGUGAAGGAGAGGACCUGGGAUCUGUGGUUUUCUCUGAGUCUUUUCUAGAGUCUAGCAUCUACGUUCACCGAAGGGAUGGAGCACUUGCAUCAAACAGCUUCUUCACACUGCUUACCUCUUCAGUCCCCCGCUAUAUCUCCUGGAUGGUGAAUGACUCUGAUCUAAGAUUGGCUGAGCAAGCUCUGCAUUUGUUAAAGGAGGAGAAUGGGACAUGUCUAGGGGUUCCACUAACAACAAAACACUCAGCACAGGUGUUCUCUAACAGUUUACUGUCUACACCUGAUGAAGGAAAGCUGGUGUUUUUCUCAGAGGGUUUAUUGAUUGACCAUCCACAUUAUGGCGUUAUCACUCUGUCCAAGAAUCAUAUCAGAAAUGUCAAAGUUUACGAUGGGGACUCAUUCUCUGCUGUUACCAUGCUGUUUAUUGAGUACGAGACCUCUCUGCUUCCCCACCUUCCUUUUCCUCUACACAGCGCUGACUGCUGUCUGGCAAUCGCGUUGAUGCCCAAAACCAAGGGUCAAAAAGACUUUUACUCACAGGUCCUGAAAAUUUGGAAAAAACCUGAAUCUAAGCUGCAUGUGCAGCAUGCUGCUGCAGAUCAGCUGGGGCUGGACCAGAUGAGCAUGUACGUAAGAUUGCUAAAGCUCCAUGAGGCACAUGGUUCAUCUGCAUUAAAUACCAGAGCAACACUGAAUACUGCUUAUCCAGACCUGCCUGAUUUGGACAGGUUUUUGAAGCACUUUGCUAUCAGUAGUAGCAUCUGUGAGGAGUCUGUGUACAGCGAACACCUAGCAGCAUUGUUCCCAAACACACAACCCAAAACAGCUUCUCCUUUUGAGUCAGAGCAAAAGGUGGUCCUUUCAAUUAUUACAGGCUUACCAGGCAGCUAUAAAGAAAGUUUGUGUGAUUUUUUGAUGAAUGUAAAUCAGGAAUAUGGCAGCUGGGAGGUGUACCACCAUGACCUGGACACGAAAGAUCUGUGUGUGCCACAUUUUCAGCGGUUCCUCGGUAGCCUUGUGGCCAAAACAAAUGAAACUCAUCUAAAUCCCCCAAGAGUGCUACUACUGACACCAGGCUACACAGAUGUGUUGGAUAUGGUUCAAGCUGUAAUAUGUCAUCCAGACACAAAAGUUCAGAACAGAGUGUGUGUGGGAGCUGUUACAGCCUGUGUCAACCCUCUGACAUCCUUCAUGGAACACAGGCUUCUCUUCCCCAAACUUCUGGAGCAGUGCAGUCAGGGUGUAGUGAAUAAUGUGGUGUUCACGGGUUUAACUGCUGAGCAGAAGCACCCUCUGAUGAAACACACACAGCAGCUCAUCCGUUCAGCGAAUCCCAGUGCAGCAUUUAUCCUAGCCGAGAGAGGAGCUGUGACCAGAACUGAAGAUGUGCGGCUGAUUCUGAGCGACCGCAGUUUUGAUCAGCCUCAGAUGAUCAGAGCAAGAUACCUGCUCUACCCUGGCUGGUGGGAGGGCAGGUUUGUGUCUGGUUGUGGAUCCGUAUCAGUGUCUCAACACUGUAUACGGUUCAACUGUCCUUUAGAAAGAUCCUUGUUUCUGCAUUGCUGCAAAGGAUUAAAGUCAUCCCUAAGAGGCAGCCCUUACACAGGAAACAUUUAUCACAUCAGUGGGAAGGUGCUCUUCUCUGACAGUGACAGGAUGUGGGAGGUGAUCUGUAAUUCUGUCAGUGGGAGUGUGAGUGUAGCCCUUGAUCAGGUCUCAACCCGUCGUCUGCAGAGCACACAAACUUGUUAUCUGCUGAUCCAUGGGGUAGGACUCUCCCAGAACGGCCUGAAGGACUGGCUUAGACAGUGUGCUAAACAGAAAGCACCAAAGAAGGCAAAAAAGACCAGGAGUACACUUACUCAACAGGAAAUCAUAAAUAUCCAUAUGAAGAGGCACCUGGAACCAUUACCUUCUGGUUACUUCUAUAAUGGCCAUCAGUUUGUCAGUUUCUUUGGGGAGAAGCAGAACUUCCAUCCUUUAAUGGACCAGUUUGUCGAGGAAUAUCUGCAGGAGGCCAAUAAGGAGAUUGAGCACUUUAACAAUGAGGUGGAUCUGUGUGCACCCAGAGAUCUCUUUGAUUGAAGACCUUCUUUUGUCAUCUUUACACCAGAUGGGGUUUCACUGCAGGAUCAAUGUCUCCAAUUAGCUGCCCACACCAUAAUAGGGGAUAGCUAAGACACUAAGAGAGGGAGGGGUUGGCCACUUCAUAAGUCCAUACCAUAAAUUCCAUAAAAACCACUGCAGCGUAAAUGAUGAGAGAUUUUCACCUAGCCCACUACCACUCUCAACUAUUUCCUAAAAGAUGUCUAUGUCUGUAAAUAGCAUAUAACAGAAAGAAACCGAAGGCAUGUGGCAUAUAUAUGAGUUUAUAUAUAUAUAUAUAUAUAUAUAUAUAUAUAUAUAUAUAUAUAUAUAUAUAUAUAUUUAAAUAGUAGUAAAAACUUUAUACUACAUUGAAUAUUGUCGCAGUACACGAUUUGAAUUACAUACACUUUUGUCAGCAAAUUUGUCUGCUAGCUGUCUGCUCUAUGUGUUGCCUAAAAACCACAGCCAUUGCUCUGUAAAUGGGAAACAAGCAAAGUGGUGCAGACUGCAUCACUAGACUCUGUUUCGGCCAACAGGGGGUGUUCUUUCUUGUGCACGAUACAUAGAAGAGAGAAGGGAAGCUUGUAUUUGUUUGGCUGUUUAGUUCAAAUAUUAAGAGUCUUUCUUUAGUAUCACUGAGGUACUCUUUUAAACAAAGACUCUUUACUUUAAUGUAUUAUUCUGUUUACACAUUUAAUGAAGUGGUUUAGUAAAUCUAGUAAACUUCAUUAUAAUGUAUACAAUGUUAAUAUACUAGUAUGAGGUUUUUGUAGCCAUCGCUUUACCUAGAGAGAUAACCAUGGUUAGUCAUUGUGCCACUCUUAAUUCCCGUAUGAUUUAAACCAAAAAUAAAGUGCUAGGAUCAUAGCUAAGUGUUAAUAGAGUUUGUCAGCAGGGGCAAGCUUGCACUAAUAGGAGAAACCUCAGAAGCCCACAUUCAGGGGAGGGCAGAUGGGGAGACAGAUGUGAUGUUCCAUCAGUCUGUAGACUCCAGCUGUGGAGCUGUGGUGAUCAUCUCUCAUCUAUGGCAGAGCUCAGACAACCAGUGGCAUCAGACUGACGUGGCCAAAGUAGCAAAUUCCCCUGGGGGGGUUGGGGUGAGAGGGUUAGGAUUUGUGGUAUGGGAAUGAUGGUUAGGGAAGGAGCAGUUUUCUGACCAUGGAUGGGAAUCUUGAGUUUUCAGUUGAGUGGAAGGUUAGGUUGUAGAAUUCAUCCGUGAUGUGUAGCAUCAAGGUAAAGCCUUUUCGCAAUAUAAAAUGAAAGCUUUCCUGUGAAGCCUGUUUAACAUUUAAUGUCUGUUGGAUGUUGAGGAGAGUCGUAUAUUAACUUCCUUUGACUAAGUUGUAGUCAAUAUGUGUUUAUUAGAGCCUUUAUUGGUGAAUCUAAUGUGUCAUGUUGUUUGCAGGCAGAUUUAGCUCUUCACCUAGGGUCUCGAUCCUCUAUGCAUGUUUUCUCAAACUUAAUCCGCACAGCAGGGCAGAAGCAGUGUCAUGCUCAAUACAGGCAUUCUGAUAUUUGACCUUGCAUCUAUAAGAUGAGUAUUAAAGAAGCCGAAAGUAUAGCGGUCUAAAGUGAAUAUUAUAGGAAGGAAACGUUGCUAUGAAAGGGGUGGAAAUGCACUUCCAAAGAAAUUUCGACACUGCUGCUCCUCUCUGUGCUGCAAGAAUAAAAGGUAUAGUAGUGGAAUUCUAUAUCCGUGUUAGCACUCAGUGUGCUUUAGCAUAUCUCUCACCGUGUCCAGUAUAAGAGUAUAUAACAGUUUCUGUGGUCAUUGAUAUGCUCGAGAGGUGUGUUACUGUUGCUGUUGCUAUGGAGAUUUACAAUAUGGCAAACUUGCCACUAUCACCAUGGAGACUUACCACUUAGUACCUUUUUAGCACACUCACACAAACACACAGUUUGCUUCAAGAUAGCACAAUUGUUUUAGAGACAUAAAGUCUGUAAAUACAGGUUAGUUUGACGAUGUGUGUUCACUGUGCAGUAAAAGUUGAAGUCAGACAAGCUCACGCCAGGUUGACUGACAGCCUUUUUACUGAGCAGUUGCUCUAUGAGUUUGACAAUUUCUGUCGCACAUCAUACACACAGCGCAGCUGUUCUGGUGCUGUGGGGCUCCAAAACACUUCUGUAAUCUGUAGUUCAGAGUAGCAGUCAUUUUUAGCACAUACUAUUCGCAUGUGUUAAUAAGUCUUACUGAGGUAUAUUUAUAUAUACAUAUAACACAAAUGCCUUUCACCAAACUGGUACUAUAAACAGAAAAAAAUCUAUUUUGCAUACCUUAAAAAAAUGAAAUUAUGUAGAGAGGGAAAUUGUAUUUUUAUAAGGCUGUGAAUUUCAAAUGCAGAUAAAAAAAAUGAUUAAAUUAGGAGUAUAUUUUGCUCCUGAAACUUAUUUCAGAGGGUUCGUAUUAGGCUGACUAAAGUGCCUUGGUCAAGAAGAACCGGCACAUUGCCGAGAACCAGUAUUGGUGAAAGGAUAAGCAGAGUGUUUGUCUUUUUUGUCAAGGGUCUGAUGCUGGCUGGCAGGAGGGCACUGGAGGGCAGCAAAGCAAAACUUUGAACAAUGACACACAAGUGUCAGGGCAAAGUCUUAGAUGGGAUUACGUACAUUGGGUGUUCUUUUAAAAACAUCUUAUUUAACAUUUGGAUGAAUAAAUGCAAAUCUUGUAAUGGGGUCAGUCUUUAGUUUGUCUUAGGAGACAGACUCCAGUGAGGCCCUCCAGGUUGCCCCCAUAACUGCCUGCCAGGUCUUGUCUGACCACUGUACUCGUGAAGCUGAGGUUAGAGGACUAAAACAGAGUUUUGGUGUCAAAGAAAGAAUUUGCCUUUUUUAUGUGAAAAAUUGCUUGGAUUUUAGAGAAAAAAAUCAUAAUUAUUUUAGCUGCGGCCUACAAUGAAACAAUACUAUUAUUCAGCAAUAUCUUAAACUUGCUAUAGGGGCUGAGGCCUUGUUCUGACCAAUGCAUCUGUUACCCACUCUUUGUAAUCUGUUCAUUCCUAAAAUUAGCAGAGGCCAUCAGAGACUGUCUUAUGUUCUCAGGUAUUUGAGUAUUGGCUGUACCAAACUUUUAAGAAUUUUUCAUUACUAGUGACAGAAGCUUAUUAUACUACUCAGGUAGUAAGAUGAGCUUAUUAGGAAAACAGAAACUUAAGGGCUAAUUUACAUUGCUGCUCAAGAUGUUUGGUGAGGAACAAGCCUAAAGUAAAGAAUUGCAGGCAUAAAAUAGGAAUGGUCAGUAUGUUAUUGCCUGCGCGAAGAUGAACGCGUUCCCUUUUCAUCUAAACUGUAGACAACAUAAGAUAUUUCUAAACCUUUUUUGUUGUAGAGAGAAGAUAAAAGAAAAGAAGUAAUGAAUUCCUAAAACUUUACCUCAGAAUACCCAACAUUUGGAGUUCAUACUGAUAUUUGUCGUGGAAAUGGUUGCACCUAAAAUGUGCCAAAAGGUUAAAGUCUAAAGUGUGAGAAAGUUCAAAUAUUUGUUGUAUUUGCACAAAACUACUGAAACUCCUGUUUUCUCCGGUGACUUAUGCUUUUUAUAAUCUAUGUGUUGUAUUUAUGAGAUAUUAAAAAAAAUAAUCCAUUAAACUAUUUA